AUGGUAGAUGAACAAGAUGGGUUGCUGCCAAUUGCAAACGUGGGUCGCAUCAUGAAGCAAAUUCUUCCCCAAAGAGCCAAAAUUUCCAAGGAAGCCAAACAAAGAAUGCAAGAGUGUGCAACUGAGUUUCUAAGUUUUGUGACGGCUGAGGCGUCUGACAAGUGUCACAAGGAGAAUCGCAAGACCGUGAAUGGAGAUGACAUCUGUUGGGCUCUGAGUGCUCUAGGUUUUGAUAACUAUGCCCAGGCUACUAUAAGGUACUUGCAUAAAUAUAGGGAAGCUGAGAGAGACAAAGCUGCCGCAAAUGCCAACAACAACAACCAAAACAAAGCAGCAGAUAUUAUUAUCAUGAGCAGGGGCCAAGAUAUGAACGAUAUCGGAGAUCGAGCAGCAAGUAUCUACAUGGCAAGUGAACAAGGCUUGCAGGUAGGGGAGCAAACCCAAACUCCAGAUUUGGAGUUUCGGAUGCUUGAGAAAGGUGACGGCACCAAGCCAUCUGUUGAUCAAGAGCAUAAUUUGUUAUCAAAUAAUGUUUGA